AAGUGGAGGCUCUUAAGUUCCUCCGCAGGCGGAGGGCUAGAGGGAAGGGAUGGCAGGGCGGGCGGCGCGGCUGGUGCUGCUAGCUGGAGCAGCAGCGCUAGCAAGCGGUUCCCAGGGCGACCGCGAGCCGGUGUACCGCGACUGUGUGCUCGGGUGCGAGGAACGGAACUGCUCUGGAGGCGCACUGAAGCACUUCCGCUCCCGGCAGCCAAUCUACAUGAGCCUAGCAGGCUGGACCUGUAGAGACGAAUGUAAGUAUGAGUGCAUGUGGGUCACUGUUGGCCUCUACCUCCAAGAAGGUCACCAAGUGCCUCAGUUCCAUGGCAAGUGGCCCUUCUCCCGGUUCCUGUUCUUCCAAGAGCCGGCUUCCGCUGUGGCCUCUUUCCUCAAUGGCCUGGCCAGCCUGGUGAUGCUCUGCCGCUACCGCACCGCUGUGCCCGCAUCCUCCCCUAUGUACCCCACCUGCGUGGCCUUCGCUUGGGUCUCCCUCAAUGCUUGGUUCUGGUCCACAGUCUUCCACACCAAGGACACCAACCUUACCGAGAAAAUGGACUACUUCUGUGCCUCCGCCGUCAUCCUCCACUCAAUCUACCUGUGCUGUGUCAGGACUGUGGGGCUGCGGCACCCAGCCGUGGCCAGCGCCUUCCGGGCCUUCCUGCUGCUGCUGCUGACGGCGCACGUCGCCUACCUGAGCCUCGUCCGCUUCGACUAUGGCUACAACCUGGCAGCCAAUGUGACUAUCGGCCUGGUCAACGUGGCGUGGUGGCUGGGCUGGUGCCUGCGGAACCGGCGGCAGCUCCCUCAGGUGCGCAAGUGCGCGCGGGCCGUCCUGCUGCUGCAGGGGCUGUCUCUGCUGGAGCUGCUGGACUUCCCGCCUCUCUUCUGGGUCCUGGACGCACACGCCAUGUGGCACGUCAGCACCAUCCCCGUGCACGUCCUCUUCUUCAGCUUCCUGGAAGACGAUAGCCUGUAUCUGCUGAAGGAAUCAGAGGCCAAGUUCAAGCUGGACUGAAGGCCCUGGCGCGGGUCUGGACUCCUGGGGAUCCCGUCCCCUCCCUGUUGGCAUCCCUUCUUCCCCCAACCCUUGAAAUCAUUCAUUUUUCUUUCGCAUCUUGAACUUGGACAUGCAGGGUGUGUGGGCCCAGAAUCAUGUAACCUGCCCACCCCCGAGUACACCCCUGCCUGGUGCUCACAGGUCUUGGGGUCUGUUUGGGCCUGGCCCCCCAGCAUAUGGGGCUAGGAAAUGGACAGCCCCGCUGGCACCUGAAACUGAACUGGGGCGGAGCUGUGCUCCUAGGGCCUCUGAGAGGAGCCCUGCUUUCUCCUCCUCAGCCUCCUCACAUCCUCUCACACCUAGUGGCUUCCAGAGUCCUUUGGGAGACCAGGUAUCACAGGCAGGCCUUGGGGGUACCGUGGGCCCCCUUCUGUUGCCCUCCCCCGUGUCCUCCUCCAGAGUGCCGCUAGGUGGCGCUAGAUACUUGCUCUUUGGCCACUCAAGCUUCAAACCAGGUCCUUUUCUUUCCGUGGGAUUUUGAGGGACCAAGCUGCUUGGGGAUGGAGAGCGGUCUCACCCAGACUGUCACCCACAGGCCUCAUCAGAAAGCCCACGACAGGACUACUGUGGCCCCUGUGCUGCGGUUCUGAUUGGGAGUCUGCAGAUGAGCGUAAAGGAGUGUGGGCCAGGCGAGUGCCGAGUGGGGGUGGUCAGUUUUGGGUAUGUGGGGGGAGCAGGUGAGUUAGUGUGGGUUAGAAGACUACAGAGACAGAUGUGAGCUGCUGGCGAGUGUGCCACACAGCGGGGAGUCUGGAGAAGGGGAUUAAGCAACUAUUUAUUGAGUACUAACGUUGCCAACGCCCUAGGCCAGGCAAAGAGCCAGAUUAUCCUUAGGCCCGGCUUGGGGUUUGAGUCCAGGCUGUGUGUGUGUGUGUGUGUAUGUGUUCCACUGCCCCCUCCUUGGCAAUCCUCACGGGGCCCCCAUACAACUCAAGAUCACCCUCCAGAACCAAAAGACAGAGAGCAGAAGGCAAAUGGGGGUUCUCUAGGCCCUUUCCUGCCUCCCGGCCUCCGCCUCCGCAUGGCCCAUCUCCCCUGCCCCAGCGCCUGCCUGCUCAGCUCUUUUGUGGAGCCUUCUGAGGGAGGAGGCUCCAGGCUGGGCCCGGCUUCUGGCCUCCCCAGAGGCAGGCAGGAGCCACACCGUGCCAGUGCCCUGGUCAAGGAGCCCGCCGCCCUGCCUGGCAGCAGCCUGAGCACAUUCCUGCUCCACAGGGAUGGACCUCGGAACCCCAGAAACGCCCCCCCCACCCAGUCUGUGGAGAAUUCCUGUUGAAUUCAUGGCUUGCCUCGCUCCUUUGUCCCUCCUUAGGAUGGGGCACUGUGCUGGACUCAACCGCAGGGACCUGGGAGCUUGUGUUCAUUUCUUUUGGUACUGAGACUAUUUUAAGGUGGGAGGGAAGCAAGGGGCUUUCUUAAUAAACCAAAUCUCAGCCUCA